AUGCCUUCAAUCCGCUGGGACAGGAGAGCGUUGAUUGUGAUUAUUUUUGGGAUAGUGACUGCAGUGCUUUGGAUAUUAUGCAUUUGGCAGCUUGUCCUCAGGUAUAAAACAGAAACCUCAUCCUCAUCCUCUCUGCUCUGUGAAAACAAGGGAGAGUAUAAAAAUGGACGCUGCUUUUGCACAGAGGAAUGGGUAGGACCACAUUGUGAGACAGUUAAUUUCUGUGAAAAUAGUAUUUACCCAUUCAACUCUUCACAAAAGUUUACUUUUACAAGAAUUAUAGUAGACAGAUAUGGCUAUUCUGAAGAAAAAUGUGAAAAGUUCACUGUAAACGCUGGUACUCCAAAAGCAAGCCGGAAGUGCUCCAAAAUAGGAGGAAAACCUACUCUAGAUGAUGUGAAGGUGGUGGACUGCAGUAAGAACCUGAAAAUCCUAAUGGAUCAGUUACACGGUCCAGAUAACAUUUCGUCCAUUGCCAGUAAUACCCAGAUCCUUACUUCUGUGCCGGAGAAACUGACCACUGAGAACAUCUCUACUGCUGCUGAUAUUGCAGAACAGAUUCUGAAAAAUUAUUCUCAGGAAGCUACUGCUACAGUGGCUGCAGUGGCUACAGUUAGCCAACUUUUGGAUGCCAGAGUGAGUGAAUUCAACUUUGCAGAUGAUAACCUUACUAUUGUUACAGCAAGCCUCACACAGACACUGCAAAAUUUCUCUUUGGAUGGCUCUGCUAUUCAGCCCAAUAUUGCAGUUAAUCACAUUUCAUUGAAGCCAACUACAACAACAGCUUUUUUCUCUGCACAGACAGUAUCAGGAAGUUUACAGUCUGAAAAUAUUAAUGUAGAUGAAAAUGUCUCUGACUUGAAACCUGACAACAAUACAGAAGUUCAAAUAUUGAUCAACGUUACAAAGAACAACACUGUGAGUUCAUCUGGAGAUGGAAGUAUUGGCUUUGUCUUGUAUCAAAAUGACAAAUUUUUCCAAUCAAAAAAUUACAAGACUCAUUUUAAUCAUGCUAAACAAAUUAUCUCUGGCCAUGUUGCUAAUGCAACAGUCAAUGAUGUUAAAAUGAUCUUCAACCCAAAGGGACUUCAGAUCUGUAUUCUAUACACUUUCAGAUCACCAAUCUUCAAGAAAAAGGUUACUGAGCUGUUUUCCUAUGUCUCACUGCCAGAUAUACCGAUUUCCCUGCAUUCAAAGACUUAUUAUCUUUUAAAAUUCCGUUAUAAAAAACACACAUACGAGAACUUCAAACCAUCUGAGACCUUUUCAGAGGAAAUGUCCUUUUCCAGCAGUGAUCAGACACCUACGAAGAAUUAAAAAGUAAAAUCACAGCUUUCUGAGUUUGUUCUAGAUAGAGAUCAUUGGUGUUUUGACUGACAUGACCACCACUCUUGGAACAAGCACUGGGCACAGAUCAGAAGACAGUAGGACAGCUCCCAAAAAUGUAAGGCAGGAUAACAGCUGUGAAGAGCUUAUAUGUGGCACUUUAAUUGUACACAACUAAGAAAGUUCUUACAAGGAAAGUUGAAGGUCAUUACAAUAUUGCACAAAAUAGAAGGGCGUCUGUCUGACUUAGUCAUGUCUGUCUGUUCUCCCAGAUAUAUCUAUUCCUGGCCUAUCUAAUAUGCUCUGUCCAAAGGUAGUCCUCUUUUCCCUUUCAUAAGUAAUUCCUGUUUAACUAAAGAACAUAAGCAAAAAAAAAAAAAAAAUAAACAGUAGAGUUCUUAUUAGCUCUGUUU